GUAUUAAGUAGAACGUAGCUAUGUUGUGAAACCUUCGAUGUUGUAAAUUCAAACAAUGUACCUGUGGUAGACUUCGAACUUUACUCGAGUUUAUUUCGUUUCAUUUGGUUGAAUCAACUUUUUAUUUAUUUCAACUUUAUAAUUUUAAACAUCGUACAAGAUGUCCCUUCUGUCGAGAUCAAUUGUUUUUAUGAGUUCUACAACCGUAAGAUCCGGUAUCUUAUCAAGGCUAUAUUCUUCGGACACUGUGGUGCCUCAAUUUGAAACAUUAGCUGUAUCAGUUCCUAAGAAGAAUGUCUUUCACGUUGAGAUGAAUCGCCCUAAACAACUUAAUGCAUUUAACAAAAACAUGUGGCUGGAAUUAAAAGAAUGCUUCACAUCAUUGAAUGACAAUUCCGAGUGCAGAGUUAUUGUACUAUCUGGAAGAGGAAAACAUUUUACCGCUGGUAUUGACUUCAACAGUCUGAUUGAAGAAGCUGGUAAGGCGGAGGAAUUCGAUGAUGUGGCUAGAAAAGCUAAAGUUCUGCAUGCACUUAUUACUUUCGCUCAGAGCAGCAUAUCGUCACUAGAAGAAUGUAUAAAACCGGUGAUAUCUGUGGUACAUAACGCUUGUGUGGGUGCAGGAGUCGAUCUAAUCACUGCCGCUGAUAUGAGAUAUUGUACAGAAGAAGCGUGGUUCCAAGUGAAGGAAGUAGAUAUGGGCUUGGCUGCCGACGUGGGAACUUUACAAAGAUUACCCAAAGUAGUCGGCAACACUUCAUUAGCAAGGGAACUCUGUUUCACAGCUCGGAAGCUGCCAGCUAAAGAAGCGCUAGAAAUUGGAUUAGUCAGUAAAGUUUUUCCCGACAAAGACAGUGCGAUUCAAGAAAUUCUUGAAAUGGCUGAAAAAAUUGCACUCAAAAGUCCAGUAGCUGUUCAGAUGACGAAGAAAUCCUUGGUUUACUCGCAGAGCAGACCUAAUCAAGACGGCCUUGAACAUAUUAAAUUAAUAAACCAACUGAUGCUGCAAAGUGAAGAUUUAAGAAAAUCAGCCAUGGCUCAAGCAACCAAGACUGAAACAGAGUUCGAAAAUCUGUAAUUAAAAAAUAAAUAAAAUUUUUAUGUAUUUCAAAU